ACCGCAUGUUUCAGGAAGCCAGGACAUGGCCAGUUUAAAAUGUUUGGUGUGUCUCUAUCAUGCGUGUUGAAACGCUGCUGAGGGGGGUCUUGUGAGGCAGUUUUACAACUGUACCGUCUGACAUGCGUCUCCACGUUAUUAUCGCUGCUGUCUUUUGGUGUGGUUUUGCACACUCGCGGAAAAUAAGAGGAAUAUCUUCAUCCUACAAGCGGUUCUACAAGGAGAGGAAGUCCUUUUUGUGCAUUGAUGGAUCCAAGAUGAUCCCUUUUGAGCAGGUGAAUGAUGACUACUGCGACUGUGAAGAUGGCUCUGAUGAACCAGGCACCUCAGCCUGUCCUCGUGGCCGAUUCUACUGCACCAAUCUGGGUUUCCGCCCACACUACAUCCCAUCAUCGCGAGUCAAUGACGGCAUCUGCGAUUGCUGCGAUGCUUCAGAUGAAUACAACAGCCACGCUCACUGCCAGAACACUUGCUGGAAUCUGGGACAGAGAGAGAGAGCAUACGUGGAGGGCCAGAUGAGGACCUUGGACGAGGGUUUGCAGCUCAAGCAGCAACUGAUUGAGGAGGGAGUGCUGCUCUGGAGAGAGAAACAGGCCCAGCUCAGGGAGCUCCAGCAGGUAGCCGAGGACCUACAGAUCAAAUUAGAGGAGCACAGGAGGAAGAAGCACGAGGCCGACCGACUCAAAGAGCAAACAUUAAAGGCGCUGGAAGCAGGGGACGGCAGUCUCAGACAUCAGAACAGCACAGUAACCAGCACUUUCAAGUUACUGGACAGCAAUAAAGAUGGCAGUAUAACAGUGGAUGAAGUCCAGGCUAAAGUGGCACUCGUCCAUGAUGAAGAGCGGGUUCUCUCUGAGGACGAAGCAGUGGCUUUGUUGGGAGGAGGCCAUCAGAUGGAUCUCACCAAGUUUCAACACACACUCUGGGACAUCCUGACAAAAGGAGACAGUGUCAAGAUCAAAGACACACAUGGUGCACCAGGCAGCCUUGUGGGUGAAGAUCCUCACUUAAAGGCAGCUGACAGAGCUGCAGAGUGGGAGGCUACCAAUCUGAAGAAGGUAGAAGAAGCUUAUGAGACCGUCAACAUGGAAAUAAGUGACCUCCGGAAGAAGCUGGCCAUAGACUACGGACCAGAUUGGGAGUUUCUGUUUUUGAACAGCCAGUGUUACAAGCUGAAAGUAUAUGAGUAUACUUAUACCCUGUGCCCGUUCAAUCAAGUCACACAAAAGAGCACUGCAGGAACAGAGGUCUCAUUAGGGAGGUGGGGGAUGUGGGCAGGAACACCAAAGAACCAGUACAGUCAGAUGGUGUAUGAGAAUGGAGAACCCUGCUGGCAAGGAGGUUCACGCAGUACUACAGUCACACUGACAUGCGGAACGGAGACAGCCUUGCGAUCGGUGAAGGAGCCCAGCAAAUGCCAGUACAUCAUGGACUUUCAGACUCCUGUGGCCUGUCAGCCGGUGCUGAAGCAGCGGGGCAUACACAGUGAACUGUGACCCCUUCCCUUUCUGGCCUAGCCUAGAUUAACUUAGCCCCUCUUGGCUAGCCCGCGGUGACAGGCUGGGGUCCUGAGGGUCUCCUCUGACAUCUGUGUUGUCAGAACAUAUAUACUUCCAAGUAAGUCUUGCUAAGGUCAGAAUAUGAUUUUCAGUCACACUACUGCUAGACUUAAGUUUUCAUUAAUUGUUACAGUGUUGUUUAAUAUUAUCACAUGUUAAUAUUUGAAUAGAGCAUUUAUUGAAUGACUUGGUGUACACAGGUAUUCUUUACUCUGCAGUAUAUUCCUUAUAGGGUUUUACACUUCCGUGCUUUGUUGACAUAGCCGGGCCGCCCGUGCAGGCUUUUAGCGCAUGUUUGUGUAAGUGAGCGUGCCUCAUUGGCUUGCUCACGGCCGCUGCUCUGCACAGCUCUCAUACGCCGGUUAGCGCUGAUAACGCCGUCCCAACCGUUGGCGCCAUUGCGGUUUCUCUCUAGGUUAACACUAUUAGCUCCGUCAGCACCGUUGCCUUAGCACCUUUAGCAGCAAGCAACCAGAUCAACUGCAGGGACUAAUGACAUGGCCACCAAUGUAACUGCUUUAUCAAAUAACUGCUCAUUCAUGAGAACAAAUAAAAGGACGGUGUCCUUCUACUUCAUUCUAUUGGCUACCUUGUUAUAGCCUUACUUAAACUCUUAAAGGAUACGUGUGGUGAUAUUCAAUAUUUUUCUUAAAUCCCAUGAAAAGAUCAAACUAGGGCUGGGCAAUAUGACAAUAUAUGUUGUCAAAAUGAUAUAAAAUGUCUAUCAUAUAUAGUUUUCUAUAUCCUUUUUAUCACAAUAUAGCCUAGGCCUAUAUUUUUUUUUUCUCUAUAAUUUCACUUAAAUCGUGAUAUAUAUCGUUGUCGAGAAAUUAAAUGACUUUUAUCGUGAUAAAAGAUUUUGGCCAUAUCACCCGGCCCUAGAUCAAACCAACAGUGAUUAGAUCUCCUUAUAGUAUUUCCUGUUUAGCCAGAGCGCGAUAGCUUAGCAUAGCACUGGGUGACAUGUUCCUUCAUUAUGAUGAACAUGAGCAAUGUAGUUUAUUUUAGAGUCGAUCCGCCAUACACAGUCUUCCUGCUGUAAAUAUUCACUCUCGCGACAAAUGUGUAUUAAUCCGCAGCCUGAAAGUUGUCCCCAACAAAUGCACUAUUUACUCCUGUUUAAAUUACAUUUGCUGAAAACUUCAUUGCCCAGCUGUUUUAGGGAAUCAUUUUGCCUCUUUUAAAAAUGUAACUAUACUGUUUGUUUGUGAUCCGUUAUCACAUCAUCAGAAAGAACAAAUAGGCUUGGGGCCGAGGGGUUAGGGAAGUCAAAAAGUAUUGAGAGACGAAGUCACACAUUGUUGGCUUUGGUCUUUUCUUGUCUUGUUGACAACAGGAAAAAUACAAAAGAAAGUGAGCUUUACCCUCUUAAUACUGUUUUUACUGCAGUAUAUUUACAUUUAAGCCUCAACAUCAUCACUAUGUAGAUAGCUGGAUAAAUAAAGUGACAUUGCUACACCUGUAACAGCUGUAUCAAAUAACUACUUAAUACUUUAUUAUUUUAUUUAACCUUACUUAAUUCUUGUCUUAGUUCUGCUUUUAAUGUAACAGUGUUAUAUAAUUUCCUGAACAAUCACAGUAAGACAUUUUAAAGUGUUUUGAAUAUUAAAGAAAUAUAUUUCUACACACUAAUAGUCUCACAAUAAUGACUCACUUUCAAGUAUGCAUUGUGUACUAAAUAUAACAUCUCUUGAUUUCACAAGA